AUGGAGUCUAAAGGGCUAGAACUUAGCUUGACUCUAAAUUCAACAUAUUUUCCAAAAACUGUAGAUGAUUUGGUGAAGGUUUUAAAAAAUAUUGAGAGUGACAAUGAUAAGGCACCAAUAUUGCUUGAUUACCUUCUCGACCAUGAGAAAGAUGUCAACAAUGUCAAGAAAGCUAUACAAGGACAACUUCCUCACUGCGUGCAACUUCUUCAAAAUGUUAUUCAUGAUAUGUUUUCGAAGAAAAAGAUUGCACUCCAAGAGUUUAUUUUACCACCAAAUAUGUUUGGUCAUCUUGAUCAGAAGCCAAUAAUCUCUAAAAAAUCUACCAAAGAAGAGAAUGAUUCAAUCGCCGCCCAUUCUGCUGAAUUGUUUUACGAAUUUAUCAUUGAUGAUAACGACGAUGAUAAGAAGGGGAAAGUAUUGAUUAAUUCUACUAAUCCGGUGCAACAAUACAAAGGGAAUGAUAAGAAGAGGCCAUUUAUGACGUUUAAUACAGUUCCAAGUGCAUUUAAUUGGGAAAAUGAGGACAACGAGGAGGUCAUUCCUGAAGUACCAGAGCUAAAAUUAUUUCUUGGUAAACAAGAUUUUAACCCCCAUAUACCCGAAUUAAGGUUAAGUCUUAAUAAGCAGGCUUCAUCAAUCCCAAUUAUGGAGGUAGGUCAUGAAAAACAAGUUACUUGGUCGCAUAUGCUAGAGAAAAGACAUGGUAAGCAGGUUGUCAAACUCGAAGUGCCCGCUACAGAUUAUUCUAAACAAGUGUUGGGAGCUCAACAAAGGGAUGCAAAAGUCCCUAAAAUUGAACCAUUUGCUUUUCGUGGAUUAAACUUGAAAAGUGACUUUGAAACUCUGAAUCACUUCCCCAUGCCAUUGACUCAACCCAUUUUGAAGAAUAAGAGGAGAUCUUGGUCAUCUGAGCUCCAUGGGAGAUUUGUUCAGGCUCUAGAUCUACUAGGUGGUGAUGAAGUGGCUACUCCUAAGCAAAUUAAGGAAAUAAUGCAGGUUGAGGGGCUUACUAGUGAGCAAGUGAAGAGUCAUCUCCAGAGAUAUCGCCUUCGUCAAGACUAUAUUAGACAAUACUGUCACCAAGAUGUUAUACAAUCAAACUUCCCUGAUGAUGACGAUGAUGAUAAUAAUGACGUGAAUCAAAAUGUAGCGAAAGCUUUCAAGGAAAACAAGAUGAUGGAUACAUUCUCACCCAGUUGUGAAUGUGGAAGUAAAAGAGGAUUCUGA